AGACCUCCCCACUAACAACAACUUCUCAUGCCAGAUCCCUUACGAUCACUCCCAGCUGGGUGACUUCGUGUUCGCUGCCGCAGAUGAGACAUCCUAUGCUGGCAUUGGUGAUUGAGGCGAUCUCCCUUUGGCUGUCACGCCCCGGCUGGCUGAGUCUUGAGGGAUCGGCAGCCGUUUGAGCGGUUGACGGAGGAACCUCUGGGCCAGAAUCGAAUUACACAUGCUGCUGGACAAUCUAGAAGCCGAGAAGCUCGAUCGAGCCUAUACAUUACCCGCUGCUGGCUUCCCGACCAACCAGCAAGCUACUACAUGGCUAGCUGUGUUGACUUGGCACGAUGGACCCCCGGAUACCAACAGAGGACGCCGCCGCCGGCCCUUCCAACGACUCGGCGGGGGCCCGCCAGCAACCGGCUGGCAAACCAUUAAGCUGCACCAACUGCCGGGCCCGCAAGCUCAAGUGUAGUCGGGAACACCCUUGUCACCACUGCGUGCGCUCCGGCGGCGAAUGUAUCUUUCCCGUGCGCAAACGUAUCCGGAGGCCUCGGCGCAGCAAGAACGCCGAGCUGUUGCAGCGUCUCAGCCGCCUCGAGUCUAUCGUGGGAAGGGUCGGCCUUGGUGUAGAUGGAGGCGGCCUCUCGACCGCCAGCACCACCGCCGCUACCGCCCCCAUUCCUGGCGCCCCCCCUGGUUUCUGCCCGCCCCCGUUCUUAGGUGGCGGUAGCAAUGAUAACCAGCCUCUACAAUAUCAUACAGUUAGUGAAAGCGAUGGCGGCUACUACGAGGCCCAGGAGAAAUGGGAUGAAGCGGCGCAAGAUACCAAAGCCUCUAAAUAUCUGAGCGGGCAGUUCUGGACCAGCCUUGGCCUUGAGGUCGAAGGGCUGCGGCAGGCGCUGGAAUCAUCCACCGACUCAGACGAAGAGGAGCAGCCGCCCUUGCAAGGAGCAACGCCGGACUCGAUCGCCUACGACCGCAGUAACUCAAGCGCUCCGUCCGCGGCCGCGGUGGCCGCCGGGUUCCCCUCGGGCCUACUCCUCGGGAGCGCAUCCCACUUCGCCGCUCCCGAACAAAUCGAACAUCCGUCACCGGACCACAUCCGCUUCCUGACGGCAACAUUUUGCCGCAACGUCGAUAUGAUCCUCAAGAUCCUACACUGGCCGACGAUAGAAGCGGCUCUCCUCGCGUUUGCGGAUGCUUCCUCUUUAUACUCUACAGACUCUCCCCAGGCCCAGUUAAGUCCCGAGAAGGAAGCCCUUUUCUUUGCCAUCUACCACGCGGCUACUGUGAGCCUGUCGACAGAAACUUGCCUCGAGUAUCUGGGUCGUCACCGCGACGACCUUGUUCGGACCUACGCUGCGGGCACCGAGCACCUCCUUGUGCGCGCCGACUACCUCAACAGCAGCAGCCUCGAGACCCUGCAGGCGCUCACACUGUACAUCGCAUGUCUUCGCUCUCACAACCGCAGUGCCGGCGAGCGCUCCGGCUCACGCCCCGCCUGGGUCCUAGUUUCCCUAGUUGUGCGCCUCGCGCAGGCUCUAUCGCUUCACCGCGAAGCCGCAAACACGCGUCUGUCUCCUUAUGAGGCAGAGCUGCGCCGGCGCUUGUGGUGGCAGAUCAUAGUGCUCGAUAUCCGCGCCUCAGAAGAUCGAGGCACCACCACGGUCAUCGCACGCGACUCGUAUGACACACGCAUCCCGUUAAACAUCAAUGACACCGACUUCGGCCCUGAUACACCGCGCGACAUGAUACUUGUCGAAAGGCAGGGCCAUACGGACGUUACAUUUAACCUAUGCACAGCACACUGUUCCAGAAUAUUCUUACACGUCGAGCACGCACAGUGUACUGCUGCUUCUCCCUCGACUACUAACGGUGAUGCCACUGGUAGCGAUGCUGCUACGCUGCAGCAGCCGCAGCAAGGCGUCGAGCAAACCAUCCGACACGCGCAGGAGCUCGAGUCGCAAUUCGUCACUAGUGCUGACACUCGGCACCCGGGAUCAUACCUGGCUUCCAUCAUCGCCCGCGUUGUCAUCUUCAAACUGUGGCUCAUCAUGCAGUACCCGGUGCACCCGCGGCAGCGGCAGCGUCCGGGCCCUGCUGCAUCGUCUCCCCUUUCUCCCACCUCCACUGCCACCCCUCAGGACCCUCGCACCCGAACCCAGGCGCCGGCCCUGCCCUUCUUCCCGCACGAGGCCACCCUGCGGACGGCGAUCUCUAUCAUAGAGCUGGACGGGCACCUGCACAGGGGGCCCUACUCAGACCGGUUCCGGUGGUGGGCCGACACGUACGUGCAGUGGCACCCGCUGGCCGUGGCGCUCGCCGAGCUCUGCACACCGUUCCACUUCCACGCAGGCGGCGACGCCGCCGGCGAGGACCUCGUCGCGCACGCGUGGCGCGUCGUCGACGACGUCUUCCCCCGCUGGAGCAACACUAUCGCCGACGCCAAGGGCGGCACGCUGUGGCGCCCCAUCCGGAAGCUCUACAAGAAGGCCCGGGCCGCGCGCGCCGAGGAUCGCGACCACGCCGUCGCCGCGACCCCGACGCUCUUCUCGCCGACGCGGCGCCGGGGCCCCUCUGCGUCCGCCCUGACCGGCUUCGAGAUCGACGGCCGCGCGCAUGAGAUGCUCGCCGACGCAGCCGCCUGCUCCCCGGCCCCGCUCUCCGGCGCCGCCGAGCCCCCGUACUCGGCGCUGAGCUGGCGCGACUUCGACUUUGGGCUGGCGUCCUUCGACGACAACGACGAAGGCCGGGGAGGCGGCGGCGGCGCCGAUAACGACGGCGUCGCGAACACGUACCCGUACAGCAGCAUCAUGAUGAGGGCGGCGGCGGGGCCGCCGGCGAUGGACUGGAGCACAUGGGACGACUUCGUCGACGAGACGCAGGCCGCCGACGGGCAGUCGAGGUCCGGGUCGAGCAGGGAUCAGAGCGUGUAAGGUUGGGCUGAUCUGGGAAAUCUCUCGUCUAGCGUCCGGACAAAAAAAGGGACCAUACGAUGGAGGAGGCCGGCGAGCACGAUAUGCUGUAUUACUACGAAAUUAUGGAUGUGAUGUCACAGGGUCGUAUAGUACGCACAUCUCUGCGUGACAGCCUCGAAGGCGGACUGCCACCGUAUAUAUAUAUAUAGUAUCACAUGAGCACCGAA